AUGGACAUGCAGAAUAUCGUGAACAACCUUAAAAGUACUGCUCUAAGUGUUGGCGAGAUGUUCACUCCUAUCUUGAAAGAAAGCAAGUUUCGAGAAACGGGAGUGCUGACCCCUGAAGAAUUCGUCGUUGCUGGAGAUCAUCUAGUUCAUCAUUGUUCCACAUGGAAAUGGUCAAAGGCCGCCGACCCUAGCCGGGUGCGUGCAUACCUUCCCCUAGACAAGCAGUUUCUUAUAGUGCGAAAUGUUCCUUGUCACAAAAGAUGCCGUCAAAUGGAAUAUGACCCAAGCCAAGAGAAGAUUCUUUCUUCCGAAGAAAUCGGAGCAGAAGAUGGUUUUGCCGGUGACGAAGACAGCGGCUGGGUGGAUACUCAUCACUUUGCUCACGAGGGUGGUGAGAUGAGAAGCGUGGAGUUGGGUGGAAAGGGAUCAGAGCAGUCAAAUUACAACGAUGACGAUGAUGGCGAUGAGCCGGCCAUGGAUCUUGAUGAAUUUGUUGAAUCUGGUGGAUUAGAAGAUAUCGACCCAAACAGAUAUGUCUCUCCUCAAACAGUUACGGUAGCUGAGGUUGAAAGACCGCGGACAUAUGAUUUACAUAUUACUUAUGACAAGUACUACCAGGUCCCAAGAUUAUUCCUUAUGGGAUAUGACGAAAACCGUAAGCCACUUACUGUUCAGCAAACGUAUGAAGACUUCUCGGCUGACCACGCUCAUAAAACUAUAACUGUCGAAGCUCAUCCCCACAUUGAUUGUGACAUGCCUACAGUACACCCAUGUCGUCAUGCUGAGAUGAUGAAGCGUUUGUUGGACCAGCUCGCCGAAAACGGCAAGGAACUGGGUGUUCAUGAAUAUCUAUUGAUAUUCCUAAAAUUUGUGCAGACCGUUAUACCAACUAUCGAGUAUGACUACACGAGGUCAAUCCAGUUGUGA